AUGUCUAAACAUUCUUCAGUGGAUGGCCUGCAAUCGGAUCUGUUGGCAAGGCUGGUGUCCGUCGAACAGCUGUCUGCUAAUGCAUCUAGAAAUGCUGCCUGGCUUUGGGGACGAUGUACUUGGACCAGUGUGGCCAAUUUGGCUCUCAGCCGACGAGCUGCACGCAAACAACCUUUUGUUAAGCCACGAACCUGUGAAAAUAUGGAGAUAGAAGACGCAGAUAAGAUAGGGUAG